AGCUACAUCAUCAUCAUACAUGUAAUACUCCGAAAAAGCAAGAAAUGAAAUUUGUAAGUCUGAUUUUAAUACACAACGUUUAAGGUGCAUGAUAUUUAUUUUGAGGACUAGAUCUUCUAAUAGAGGUUUAGAAUUCAAAGUGUAUGAAAAUUGAGAAUGGAAGGUGCUCUGUUUGAUCAAGUUCUUAAUGUGGUUUUUAAAUCACAAGGCCAGGAUGAAAGGACCUUUGGGAUCAGAAUCUUUCUUGAACUGGUAUCUGUUACAUCACCCAUUCACAGAAAGGAGCUCCAUGUGAGAUUGACUGAUGACAAAGACCCUUUCUUUCUAUAUGAUCUUCAUCUUGGAGAGGAGGAUUUUCAAGUUUUGAAGAAUCAGCAAGGUUUACUGGUGGAUUUCAGUGCAUUCCCUCAGAAGUUCAUUGAACUAUUGCAGUUAUGUGCUCAGAACCAAGGCCAGAUGCAUGGCAAGUUUGUUCUUCAGCUGAACCAGUCCAUGGACCUCGCUGGUUCGUCUCAUGGUCUAGCUCAGCUAAGUGUCGUUGAGACCAAUCCUUUCAAGCAUCUCACUCAUCUCUCACUGAGUCUUAAACCUGGCACAGAUUCAGAAGUCAAAAGUUACUUAGCCAAGUGCCUCAAGUCGCUCCAGGAUGAUCACAAUCAGCUUCAAACCCAUCUAAGUACCAGAGAGACAUCCCUCACGCAUCAGCUGCAACAAACCCAAGAGUUACUCCAGACCCGGAGCAGUGAGCUUGAGAGAUUAAAAGGUCAGUGGAGUAGUCAGUCUGAUAGCCUUGAAGCAAAGCACCAGCAGGAACUUGCUGAAGAACGACAGAAAGCUCUAGAGAUGCAGAGAGAUGUUGAGAAGCAGAGCUCGGCACAGUGUCAAGAACUGGAAGAGAAGCAUAGAAAACAGAGCGAGAAGAUGCAGUCUCGUAUUGCAGAACUACAGGCUGUUAAUAGGGAGAUGCAUGAAAGAAGGCAAGCACAGGAAUCCACCAUCAAAGAGCUCCGAAGUAAAUUGCACAUGCUUGAAGAGGACUAUCAGCGUGCUCAGAGAGAGUUGCAGUCUACAAGACGUCACACAGACCGCCUUGAGACUGAACAUACUGACCGAGAACAGACCGUUGGUCAGCUUACCACUCGUCUAGCUGUCCUUGAACAGGAAGUCCGAGACAAGCAAGCCCUUGCUGACAAAUCGGCUCAAUUACUAGAGGCAGCAAGUGAAAGCAAGGCUCAACUUGAGGAGAAUCUUCAGCAGAAGCAAGCCCUCCUUGUCAAACUUGAAAGCACUGUCAAAUCAACAUCUAAAGAGGUUUUGAAGGGAAAUGAGAUCAUACGGAAAUUACAGGGAGAACUGAAAUCAGCAGCAGCAAAGAUGAAGCUAAAGAACACAGUGACGAGCAAACAAGAGAAGUUGAUUGAAGAGAAAAGUCAGACGUUACACUCUACCCAAGAAGAGAGAGACAAGUUAAAAAGAACAUGCGACGCUAUGGAGGCAGAGAAUGAAAGAUUGAAGGAUGCUCUAGAGAGGACAACAGGCAAACUUGAGGAAAGCAAACAAUUACUCAAAACUAAUGAAAAUGUAAUCAAUUGGCUAAACAAGCAGGUUAAUGAGGUUCACCUCUCUCAGCGCCAUGGUACGUUUGAGCCGUCAUCUCGACCACCACCUGUCACAUCUUAUAAACCUGCAGGGGUACAAUAUCCAUCAAUAGGAGCUAACAAAGGAGUGCCUCCUACCACCAGCACCACCGCUGCUCUACCCCGCCACGCCCUUACCUCCACCCCAUCAGCGAAUCCCAGUGUCCCUCUCAGCACUCCUCACUCCGGUCUCAGUGCUAUCCAGCAUACCUCUCAUGCAAGCCCUGCAUUGGACCCCAAAUACCUCCAAAGACAAGAACAAGCUGGCCCGAUGAGAACGGCCCCUCCACCAAGCUAUCCCCUGCAUGCUAUGAACCAACAGAGACCUCCACAUGUGGCUCCAUCUCAACCUCUCUCCCAGACACACCCCCCUGCUGUAAGGGGGCGUGUCCCAUCCAUACCAGGGCCCAGGGGUGGAGGACCGGUGCAAGGGGGUAAGCCCGGGGAACAGGGAGGGGAUCCUGCCGGUGCCGCUGGCCAGGGACAGCCACCUCUCAUGAGCGCCUACUUCCCACGGUCGAUGCAAACUGCUUCGUAGCUUCCGUAUAUGAUUGACAAUCCAUUUGGAUGCUUUUCCUUGGACUGUGAAUACUAGAAGAUUCAUCUUGUGGGAGUCAGUGCCUUUGACAAGUGUUCGCAAGUACAUAAAUGGCAUUGUACAUAUGCUAUUCAUCAUCAUCAUUAAAGCUAUCCUGAAAUGAAGAUAUGCCGUGUAUUAGUACGAGGCGUCAUAGAGAAGUGAAUUGAAGUUCACAUACAGUGAAACAUGUUUAUAGUAACCAUUCAAAGGGAAAAACAAACUUUAGCCUGGUAGACAGGCUCUGAUACACAUGUUGUGCUUUCACGCAAAUCUAUUAAGUGUUCACUAAAGACAGGCGCCUGCUAACACAAGUUUCACUGUAUUUGAACAUAUUUCAAGGUGAAAUGAAAUUGAGAAAUAUGCCUCUCUGUAGCAUUUAAUAUAAGAGACCCACAGGACUGCCAAGGGCUGAAUUCAUCAAUGACGGUUGAGUGACCACGAGAAGCAUUUUGCUGGGAAAUACAGAGAGCUGUUAUAUGGUGUAUGACUUUGGUUGAGUAUGGCUGUACUAUCGUCGAAGUCACUCAUCUGCAUAUUAUUGCACUACACUAGGUCAGCGCCUCUUUUGAUGAUGAUCCACAGCAUUUAUAUUGUGCCAUAUAUCUUUUCAAAACAUUCAUAGGCGCAGGCUUAUCCAAUAAGUUAAUUACUACACAUCUGCAGAAAUUAGUGAGUUUUGAGGGACGGUUUGAAGAGUUCUAUGCCGUCAAUUUCACGAAGCGAAGAAGGGAGGGAGUUCCAAAGAAAUGGAGCAGUAGAUGAAAAGGCAUGGUCUCCAAAUCCCCUUAGGUUUGUGAUGGGUACAUGAAGAGUGACACCAGUAGUGGAUGAACGCAAGCAAGGACGUACACGGCGUUUGGAUGAAAAGCUGUCUGCAGGAUGCCUGGGAGCAAUUCAACAGUUCAAUCUGACCUGACAACUUUCCUUGUUUUUGAUUGGCUGAGAAGCACUGUUACUAUGGUAACUGUUGGAUAAAACAGGACUUGUCAAAUAAAACCUCCAUUAUGUCCUUCAUGAAACACUCCCCUGCAUGACAGAGACGAUGCUCUGACUUUUGGCUCGUUGCCCAAGUUGCUCUUCUAUUGUUACUUGAUAUUGCUACAGGAAGGGGCAAUGGUUAUCUCAAUUAAAUAAUAGGGGUGUGUAGAGUUGCAUCACCCAGUCCUCUCUUAUUCUCUCUGUCACUUUCCCCUCUUUCUUUUAUUACCCCUUUUUUUUUACUAUUUUCAACAAAAAAAAUGGUGGGAGGGGGCAGUCCCUCUUGUAGCUAUGGGAUGAAGAAAACACCCUGCCUUUGCAAUCACUAUUAAUUGGGGAUGAUAUAUCGCUAGAUAUCGUGAAUAACUAUGUAAAAAUGAAAAUUGCCAAUCUUUGUACAUUGCACUUUGCAAGCAAUGUUGUAUCCCAAUUUCAUUUCAUAUCAUGUAAACAAAUGGGGAAUUUAAAGAGUGAAUUUUGACCUCAAAGGGGCACGGUGAACCUUCUGAUUUUCGCUUCUAUGCAUUUACAUUAUACUUUUUCAUCAAGCAGUCUGAAAUGAAUUAAAUAUGAUGGUCAUGUGAUCUCUAUACUAAUGAAAAAGAAGAAUGCCUGGGAACAUACAAAUACAUUUUUUCUAAUUUUUCUGGCAAAUAUUCUGGGAUUAAUGUGGUUAAGAUAAGGAGGAAAUUAUUCAUCAUACUAGCGGGUGUAUGUCAAAAUCCUACAUCUCAAAAUGUUUUAUCCUGGAGUAGGAUUGUAAUGAAAUGCUUGUGAAAUAGCACUGGCCUAAAAAAUAAGUGUAGAUUUUGACGUUCUUUUUCAAAGCAACAUGGUGGGUCUUUGGUAAGAAGUGUAUUUGAAGGGAAGACUUCAUGAGAAGGGGGAAAAAACUUAUCUUAAAAUACUGCUGUUACUGAUUGAAACCAUAAACACACAUCUCAUCAAGCUGCAAUUCAUCUGGCAAGUUAAGAGUUAAAAUGCCCAUUCUACAAAAUAUAUAUAAAAUACAACAGUAAAGGUGAACUAAUGUUGUACAAAAUAUUUAUUUACAUACAUUAAAUACAUGUACAUGCUUGUACACAAAGACAUAGCAUCCGAAGUCAUCUUCUUUUCUCCCUUGUUACAACUUUCUCUUACAAAAUUAAAAUUUCAGCUAGAAACCAAUUAUUCACGUGUUUGCGUUUAGCACAUAUGGAAUAUUGUGAUUUACAACUAUUAUUGCUAUUGGCUAAUUCAUAGGUCUUCACAUGAUUAACUUUUAGGUCUUUUAACUGGGAAAAAAGAUGAUCAUGUUAGAUAUAUUGAUUGUAUAAUCUUAUAUAGAUGUAUUUAGAGUUUUUAUGUAAUAAGAUGUACAUUUCAAAUAAUUUUAUCCGAAGUCUAUUUUUAAUGUACUGUAUCAUAAAAUGUAGAAAUUGUACAGAGGUUGAAAUUUAUAAUUAAUAAAGUUUGAAUGUGUCAUACAAAGUACAGUUAAAGCUUUGUCUCAAUUUAUACAACUAUUCUGGUGAUGUUUUGUUUCAGUUUUUGUAUGAAAUUACUUGGCCAAGAAAUGUCUUAAUACCAUUAACCCUGAUGAAUAAUACCUUUCAGCUGCUCCAAAGAUAUCCCUUAUAAAGGUUGGUUAAUGUAAAAAUUAGUUUAGCAAUCAUUAACAUUCAGAGCUUUACAAUAUGAAGUUGCCAAUAAAACAGAUUUCAUCACUUGGCUGCCGUGCGUUGAUUUUUAAUCCCUGUGCAGCUUGCAUAAGGGCGUUGGCUCAUGCGUGUUACGCGAAUAGAACCUUUGAGAAAUAUAUCACCAAUGGUUACCUUGCUGGCAGAAUGGCAUUAAUUUCUGCAUAAUGUACAGUGUAUGGAAAAGUUGACACCCUUCUUCCAGCGAGGCAACCAUUGGUGAUGUAUUUUUCAAAGGUCCUUCAAUUAAGAUCUCAUAUACUGCAUCCUAAAAUGUGGUCCCAUUGUAUGCUAGA